AUGACUCUUGGAGAUCAGCCGAUUGCUGAUUAUUGUGAGAGAAUCACCACCAUCUCCAAUCUCCUUGCAAAAAUUGAUCAUCCCGUGCCCGAGAGAACUCUGGUCACUCACCUACUCAACGGUCUCUUACCAAAAUAUGACCAUAUUGCCAUGAUUCUUUGCCAAAAAGACCCGUUACCAACAUUACUUCAAGCUCGAUCAAAACUCAUUGCUGAGGAACAUCGCCUUAACCGCCAACUCCCUCAACAACCGGCUCACUCGGACCAUUCUUCGCCACCCACGGUAUUGUACAACAGCACAAACUCGAGCAACACAAAUUUUUCUCACGGAGGUCGUCAUGGUCAUGGUGAUCGCUCAAAUCGUGGAAGCAGGAGUGGUGAUCUUCAACGACAUCAAUACUCUACCACAACACAAUUUUCUUGGCCUUAUUCACCACCAUGGGCUCCUUUUACUUGGAUGUACUUAGCGCCAUGGACCAUAAACAGACCUGUUAGACCAGCCCCAUCUCCACAGUAA